CCUCGCUCCGGCCGCGGCCCCUUCCUCCUGCAGCUGGUGCUGUGGGGCCGCGGAGUCGCACGUCGCUGUCUCUAUGGACCCGGAUCCCAGCGCAAAGGAUGGUCUCCUCCUGGACAGACUUCCCUAGCCAGAGGACUCACCCUUCAGAGCUGAGGAAACAGGAGGCCCCCGAAUGUAAACAGAGAAUAGACAAAGAAUUGGAACUUGCCCUGAGGUUGGGGGCAAGGUGACCCCUUCAGUACCCUACAGCCCUCUUGGGACCCUACACUGCCCACUCUCCAUGGAAUUUGCAUUUGAUACAGAAAGGCACUUGGUGACCCGCCCUUCCCUCUGACUUCUUACCUGUGAUUCCAUGGCCACACAACCCUGUGGCUCCAUGUCCCCCCCAUUCCAGGAUCCUCCAUGGCCCCAUGACUACUUGACCCCCAUGACCUCAUGACCCCUGACCUAAAUGUGAUCACGCCCUGGACUUUGAACCCAGUGACUGCUCUUCCCCUGCCCUCCUGUGACGGUCCUGGGCUGUCCUUGGGGUCUUGUUGGUCUGAACUUCCCCAAGAAGAUGUGGGGGAGGUUCUGGCCCUUCCUCUUCAGCUUCCUCACAGUAAGAGCAGUGCCUGGACCCUCCCUGCGGAGACCAUCCCGAGAGCUAGAUGCCACCCCACGGCUGACCAUCUCCUAUGAAGAGCUCUCCCAUAUUCGGCACUUCAAGGGCCAAGCCCAGAACUAUUCAACACUGCUGCUGGAGGAGGGUUCCGAGAGGCUGCUGGUGGGGGCUCGAGGCGCCCUGUUCUCUCUCAGUGCCCGUGACAUAAGAGAUAGGACUCACAAAGAGAUCCACUGGGAGGCCUCCCCAGAGAUGCAAAGCAAGUGCCAUCAGAAAGGGAAAAACAACCAGACUGAGUGUUUCAACCACGUGCGAUUUCUACAGCGGCUCAAUGCCACCCACUUCUAUGCAUGUGGGACCCAUGCCUUCCAGCCCCUCUGUGCAGCUAUUGAUGCUGAAGCCUUCAUCUUGCCUACUAGUUUCGAGGAGGGAAAGGAGAAAUGUCCUUAUGACCCGGCCCGUGGCUUCACAGGCCUUAUCAUCGAUGGAGGCCUCUACACAGCCACACGGUAUGAAUUCCGGAGCAUUCCUGAUAUCCGCCGGAGCCGCCACCCACACUCUCUGAGAACUGAGGAGGCACCCAUGCACUGGCUCAAUGAUGCCGAGUUUGUGUUCUCUGUGCUGGUGCGGGAGAGCAAGACCAGCGCAGUGGGUGAUGAUGACAAGAUUUACUACUUCUUCAUGGAGCGUGAGGAAGGUUCCAGCAGCUUCACCCAGAGUCGCAGCAGCCACCGUGUGGCUAGAGUAGCCCGUGUGUGCAAGGGAGAUCUGGGAGGGAAGAAGAUCCUACAGAAGAAGUGGACAUCCUUUCUGAAGGCUCGUCUCAUCUGCCACAUCCCCCAGUAUGAGACGCUACGGGGGGUCUGCAGCCUGGAUGCUGAUACAUCAUCCCACACACAUUUCUAUGCAGUCUUCACACUGACAACACAGUGGAAGACGCUGGAGGCUUCAGCCAUCUGCCGCUAUGACCUGGCUGAGAUUCAGGCUGUCUUCACAGGCCCUUUUAUGGAGUACCAGGAUGGCGCUCGGCGCUGGGGCCGCUAUGAGGGUGGGGUGCCUGAACCCCGGCCUGGCUCGUGCAUCACAGAUUCAUUGCGCAGCCGAGGCUACAACUCAUCCCAAGACUUGCCAUCCCUGGUUCUGGACUUUGUGAAGUUGCACCCCCUGAUGGCUCGGCCUGUGGUGCCCACACGUGGGCGGCCUCUGCUGCUGAAGCGCAAUGUACGCUACACACAUCUCACAGGAACACACGUCAGCACACCUGCUGGACCCACCUAUGACCUGCUCUUUCUGGGCACAGCUGAUGGCUGGAUCCACAAGGCCGUAGUCCUGGGCUCUGGGAUGCACAUAAUUGAAGAGAUACAAGUGUUCAGGGAGCCCCAGUCUGUGGACAAUCUAGUUAUCUCACCGAUGCAGCACAGCCUCUACGUGGGGGCUGCAAGUGGAGUCCUACAGUUUCCUCUGUCCAGCUGCUCACGCUAUCGGUCCUGCUAUGACUGCAUCCUGGCACGGGACCCCUACUGUGGCUGGGACUCCAGCACUCAUGCCUGUGUGGUGGCCACCACUGUAGCCAACAGGACAGCAUUGAUACAGGAUGUAGAGAGAGGAAAUCGAGGCUGCGAGGGCAGCAGGGAUGCAGGACCACCACCGCCACUCAAGACCCGAUCUGUGCUCCGGGGUGAUGAUGUCCUCUUGCCCUGUGACCAGCCGUCUAACCUGGCCCGGGCUUUGUGGCUACUCAACGGGAGCAAGAGCCUGAGUGACGGGCAGGAUGGCUACCGCGUGGGAGUGGAUGGGCUGUUGGUAACAGACACACAACUGGAACACAGCGGCAACUAUGGCUGCUACGCUGAGGAAAACGGCCUCCGUAUGCUGCUGGCUUCCUACAGCCUCACAGUCAGGCCAGCCACCCCUGCCCCAGCUCCACAAGCCCCUGCCACACCUGGGGCACAGCUGGCACAUGACAUGCGGUUGUUCUAUGUGGUAGCCAUUGCGAUACUUGGUGGCCUCUGCCUCAUCUUGGCAUCUUCCCUACUAUAUGUGGCUUGUCUGAGGGGAGGCAGACGAGGUCGAAGACGAAAAUACUCAUUGGGUCGGGCUGGCCGGGCAGGGGGCUCAGCAGUGCAGCUGCAGACUGUCUCAGGCCAGUGUCCUGGAGAGGAAGAUGAAGGUGACGAUGGAGAAGGAACUGGGGGUCUGGAGAGUGGCUGCCUCCAGAUCAUCCCAGGGGAAGGAGCCCCAGCCCCACCACCCCCACCCCCACCUCCCCCACCCGCUGAGCUGACCAAUGGGCUGGUGGCACUGCCCAGCCGGCUUCGAAGGAUGAAUGGCAACAGCUAUGUGCUCCUGAGGCAGAGCAACAACGGAGUGCCAGCAGGACCCUGCUCCUUUGCAGAGGAGCUCAGCCGCAUCCUGGAGAAGAGGAAGCACACGCAGCUUGUAGAGCAGCUAGACGAGAGCUCUGUCUGAGCCUAGGCUCCCAAGCCAGCCUGGCUGCCCUGGGCUGGGCCACUGCCUCCCCAACACCUCCACCCUCCUUCAUCCUCCCAACUCCAUUUCUUCCAACUUUUUGAUGUCUCUGUAGGGCUGGCCAAAGUCAUGGUUAGCCAAAGUCCCCUCUUCAGUCUCCAAGACACAUGUGAGCAGCCCAGGCCCACCGGUGCUCCUCAAAGGUAGGUGCUCCCCCAGAACCAAGUACUCUGCAAACCUAGACCCAGUUUCUAUCUCUUGACCUAAGGACUUGGGAGGAGAGAAUCGUCUUCUUAUCCGUUAUCUGCCCAACCUUCCUCUUCUUCUCAGGUAGGGCUCUGCAGGUUCAGAUGGCCUCAAUGUCACCACCCUCUGCACAGCUGUGUGCUGGGUAGUCCUGAAUUCAGACAAGACCUCUCUCUACCAGCCACCCGAGUCCUGCUUCCAUUCACAUGUGCACAUGGAAGAAUGUUUAUCAGCUGGGCUGCAGUGUCCCAAACCUCCUGGGGCAUCCUUGUCUCACUUAUCCUAGAUUCAGGGCACCCUCCCAAUCGUCACCUUGCUAUCUCUCAUCUUUCCAGCCCAGCCCCAUGUGGUAACCCUUUGGCCGGAGACUGGACCAGGCUGGCUUGGGAGGGAAAAAGUAUCACUGCUCUCCCUCCUUUCCUCCGUAGCCCUUGGGAGUCAGCCUCCCUCCUCCUCGCAUUCACAUGCAAGGGUGCCAGAGCUCCAGGCAUGGCCUUUCCCCAUGCAUAUGUGGCAACACACCCAGAUCAUGUGCUUACAUUUCCACCCACAUGUACAUUCUGAACCCCACCCCCAACCCCCUUGCCACCUCCCUCAGACCUGUGUCUACUAGGUUUGGUCCAUGGAUAUUUCAAAGGAAGAUUUCCCUUCCCAUUUAUUGGUCCUCACUGAACUAGGACAAGUGGCCAACACUGCACUCAAUGAGCCAGCUUCCCUCUUAGGGACCAAGCAAUUGCUUCUCCUAGAUCAUAGCAGGAGGAAGUGAUCUGCUAUCUCACCUGGCACAUGAAGCCCACUCCUGGAACUAUGCAAAGGGCAGAGGCUGGGCGUGUGGAUGCUUGGCUCCCAUCCCUGUCCUACCUCACCAGGGCACUUUCAAGGUCCAAGGGCCUCAGAUGUCUCCAGGCCCACACGGGACAAUCAACCCUGACUGAGCUCUCCCGUCCCCCUUGGGUGAGGAUGACUGUUAUUUUUGUAGCUGAAAACGUGGAACCCCCACGAGUUUUUACUGCCCUUCACCCAUACCUCUCCCACCUCCACCCCACAAUGAAUGUAUUUAUUGUGAGAAUGGCUGUACUUCUUCAGGAAUGCCCCCCACUCAUCACCCAGGUGGGUGGAACAGGCAUGUGAUGGAAUGGGGAGCCUGGGCUCUGCUCCUCCUGACGUUGGCUAAUAAAUGCCCUCUUUGCCC